GUAAUCAGUUAAAGAUUUGUGCUGCGUUUAUUUGAAUAUAUAUACAAUAAUAAUUAUUUGCAUCACUCUUUUCUUUUUAAAUUUUAACGUAGAAUGUGAUAGAAUGUUUACGAGUGUCGCUGCAGUCGUUGACGACAGAUGACAUUUGUCAAGUUUUGUAGUAGAACAUUCAUUUGAUCAUUUGACAUGAAUAAGCUUUGAUUCAUAUAAAAGAAACACAAAGGCAAUAAAUAUUUCUCAUUAUAAGGAAGCAUUAAAAGAUUGGAGUAGAUUGUGAAAACUUUGAUUGUUACAAAUCUUUAACUACUGAAAAUUGAACAAAUUGUAAGUAGUUUUUGGUUCUACAUUCAUUAUUGGAGACUUCAAGGAAUAACAAUAUUUUGAAUGAUGUAUUUUUUAUUAAAUAUUCAUUUCUAUCAUGAAGAAUGAUUAUGGUUUAUAAAAGACAACGAUCUAAAAAUGUCAACAAUGUCUCCAUCAGAACGUCGACUUCAAAAAGAGCUUAUAUCUCUAAUACGGGAGCCACCACCCGGUGUUCAAAUUGAUGAAGAUUUAGUUGGCCAGAAUCUCACUGAAUGGAUUGUAAACAUGGAAGGUGCAAAGGGAACUCUUUACGAAGGUGAACGCUUCCAGUUGCAGUUCAAGUUUAGCUCAAAGUAUCCUUUCGACUCACCUCAAGUCACUUUCAUCGGAGGAAACAUUCCUAUUCAUCCACACGUUUACAGUAAUGGGCACAUUUGCUUAUCAAUCCUAACGGAUGAUUGGUCCCCAGCUCUCUCUGUUCAAAGUGUUUGCCUUAGUAUCGUAUCAAUGUUGAGUUCUUGCAAAGAAAAGAAAAGACCCCCGGACAAUUCAUUUUACGUAAAAACUUGUCAUACAAAUCCAAAGAAGACAAAAUGGUGGUAUCAUGAUGAUAGUGUAUAAAAACGAAACAGAUUUUAUAAUAUGAUAAUUUCUGCGGAACCACGAGUAAUAGAUAAAAAUUAUUAAAAAUAGUAAUACGAAAAUAUGAGACUUAAAUUCAUUAUAAACAAUCAAUUUAAGGAUAAGACGACAAAACCGAUAAAAUAACAAUGAAAAAGAAGAUGAGAAACAAUUAUUUUAUGUGUUUAAAGCUACGCUGAUUAUACUAAUAAAUAAAUAUGUAUUUAUAGACAGAAAAA